AUGUCCCGAACUCCAGAACAGCCCACCCUAACACCACGCCUCUGCUUCAACCAAACCCAACUACGCGACUUCCUCCGCAUCUCUCGCACCGCCGUAGACGACACCAUCUCGCAGAAUCUAAACGCUUUACAAACCCCCGGCGCGAAACCUUUCGAUCCUUCAUCAACCGCAGAAAGACAACCCAGACCGAUCGGGAGUAGGAGAGCAAUCGACCCUGUGGCAUGCGAUCAUUUCAAGGAGAAGGUUCUGUUUCCGAGUUGGCAGAUGAGGAGUGAUGUGUUGAACUAUUGCGCGGGCGUUGCGACGUCGCCCGAUCCAGAUGAUCCAGAUCAGGUUCUGAGGGAGAGUGAGGAUGCACGGGCGAGGGAACGAUUGGUCGAUGAGCGGCUGGAUCCAUACAGUGCGAGGUACUUUCCUCGAGAAGCAAGAACAGAGUCUCUGGCAAGUUUGAUAAGAAACGAGAGGAUGGUCGAGCAGAUCAUUCGAGCCAGGACAUGGGGACUUGUUGGUGAGAGAUGCGAGAACGAGGGCAUAGAGGCAGAGAAAGCUCUAGAUGAAUGGCGGCGUAGGAAAGCCCAAUCCUGGAACCCAUUAUCAUGA